AUGGGCGUAGAGAAGAACCCCCCGCACGUGGGGCUCAAACUGAGUGACGUUUUUGCCUCAGAGAAGAAGUCCGCCCAAGGGAACCCUCCGCACCAACAGAGCAGCAAACCAAACAAUGAGGAAUCCACAGAGAAGUCGAAAAACAUAUUGAACAAGUACAGAGUGACGAAAUUGAACAAUGGAGAGCAUAAUAAUAUCUAUGUGAAGAAUGAAUUCUUUAAGGGUUCAGGGGUUAGGGUGAAUGGACUAAGGCAACCAAAUUGGGCGGUGAAAACUCCCCCCAAGGGAGGUGAUGAUAACUGCACGAAUGAAGACCCAGCAAAGGAUGGGAAUGAAGGAGAUACGCAGGAAAUUUUUGACAGCCCUGCUAAAUUUGUUAGAAGAAAAAUUCACAAACAAAGCAACCUGCUUAUGUCGAAUGGGACAAUCGGGCUAGUUGUGCAUAACGGAGUAAUGUGCUUAUCCAUGAAAGGGCAACAGUGCUUCGUCAUCACAAGUGCUAAGAACGCAUUUUAUGUCCUGGACCCACAUAAACUUAGGAAGGCAUACACUUCCGAGCAUUAUCCAGAGGACAUACAAAAUCUGUACUGCGCUAAUGGGUACGUCUACGUGAUUUUCCGAAAAAAGGUUUACAAGGUUAAUGAGUCUGGGGGAAAAAAAAUCUUCUCCCUGGAGGAUGACUUGCAUAAUAUUGUGAAUAUUUUAAGUGUGUAUGAUUACCUGCUAACGUAUAGCAAAAAGGAGAUAGUCAUAUGGAACGACGUGCACAAGGAGGGAUGCGAUAGUGACGGUUUUGUUAGUGACUCCUGUAGUGACGUAGGGCAGGGAGAUGAAUGGGGGGAAGAGAACCCUGAUGAGGGGGAAGAUGCAAUGGAUGGAAAAGACGCAUCUUAUGAGGAGAAAGCAUCAAUAGAGGGGGAAGAAGCCCCCCUCUCGGGGGACAAAACCUUGGGUGGCUCCCCAAACGUAAAGAAGCACCUGUUCAAGAGGAUCCUCCUAUUUGACGACCACUCCGAUGUCGAAAUACGCUGCGUCCUCCACCCCGCAGGGUACAUAAACAAAGUGAUCAUCCUAACCAGUGAAAAUAAAAUAUAUCUGUACAACAUAAACAAGGAGAAAAUAAUCCACGAGUAUAGCGCUCUCCAAGGCGUCAAUUUAAGAAGUGAAAAAAACAUAAAAAUCAUGACCCUCACAUCGAAGAAGGACCAACUGUGCAUCGUAACGUCGACAAAUGAACUUUACAUAAUCGACACGGAGAGAGACGAACUGGUGUACUCAAAAAAUGUGCACAUGAAUGAGGACAAAAUUACCUGCGUGCAGUUCUACAAUUACACGCUUAAUGGUGAAAGCGUAUCCGUCAUUUUGGUAGGCACUGAAUUAGGGAAGAUUAUUAUGAUCGAUUCGAAUAGCAGUAACUAUUUCAUUUUGCGAGAGGCUCACGAUUGUGUGAAGGCCAUAUUGAUACCCCCCCAAGGGGGGUACCUAUUCACGGUGGGACAGAGGGACAACAAAAUAAAUCUGCUCAACCUGCAUAAAGCUACAUUCACCUUGGAUGUCAUGAAGAGAAGAAACAGCUGCGUUGGAUUUAUCAAUAAUGUAAAAUAUCUCGACGACGAAAAAUUUAAAAUAGUGGUCUCUGCAAAUGAGGCAAAUAAACGGGAAGGAAAUCUGUACAUCAUAAACCCACAUUGCCCUGAACAGAAUAAAGAUUUUUCAUGGAACAAAAAAAUUAAUCUCAUAGAUAGGACCAUCAUCGAUUUUGACAUUAAUCCGAAUAGGCACUACGAUUGGAAUAACAUCCUCAUAUGUGUGAGGGAUUGUACCCGAGUCUACUUGGCCUCCUCCUACAAGAAGAUCAUAGACAACGUGUUUUUGGCCCUUCCCGGGGAUGUUAUCAGUGGGGAUAACAAAGAGCGCAUGCGGAAAAGCGCCAAAGGGGCAGCAAAGGGAAGAACCCAAACAGUGGAAUCACAAAGGGAUGACCCCAACGGAGUGAGGGAGGGCCUCUUCGGCUGGAUCCAUAACCUGUCCAAUAAAACGCAGCAAAGUCCCAGCGAAUCCAAAGAGGAGGAGUACAAAAUUUUUGAGGACUACAAUGAACAUGGUGACUUAGAACAAGAUCAAGUGCAAAUGGGGAGGAGAAUAAAAAGCGCAACGAGCGUGUUGAUAUCCACGUGUGGGCACAUUGGCAUCGUCGGUUACAGCGAUGGGGAAAUUCAUUCCUUCAAUAUGCAAUCGGCAACCUACAGAAAUGAGUACAAGGUGAAUAAGUACUCUUUCAAAUCGAAGGCGCAUCUAAAUGGAGAUAUUUUGAAGCUCUACCGGUAUGGUAUAAGUAAUUUUGUGUCCGCUUCAAACAGCAAGGAAGACCUUUACCUAAGAGUGUGGAACAUAUACACUAGUGAGUUAAUGUACUCCUACUGUAUCAGGAAGGAGUACCUAAAUACUGGUCAGUGUAAGAUAAAUCGCAACAAUGAUGAAGUUACCAUAGCUUCCUUCUACCAUUUUAACAUCCUCACUGUGGUGUGCCUUUCAAAUAACCACACGAUCAUCCUAGACAUUGAGCAGAAAUCUAUAACGAGAAAGUUCGACUUCGCCUAUGCAGUUACCAAUGCAACUUUCAGUGCAGACAACAGAUUAAUUCUAUUCGCUCUAAAAAAUAAAACAAUACUAGUGUACGAAAUUAUAUCCAACACGUUUAUCGAUUAUUUGUUGUUCAAAAGCGACGUCACCUCCAUGGUGUAUAAUGACGUUUAUUUAUACACGGCGCACAGCGCUGCAGAAAAUUAUCUUUACUCCUUUACUAAUAAAAAUCUGUUCAACAACAACAACUACGUGGUUAACGAUUAUCGGUCCUUUGGUGCCUUUCUGAUGGAGGAAUCGUCUGACGGGGAAAGCACCCCCAAAUGCUCCGAACCAACUGUGGGGGAACUCAUUGGGAUGGAUUGCGACGUGGAUGAUGAAUACCUGAAUGGCAACGUCACUCAAGCAGGGGACUCCUCUAGCAAGCCCCACUCACAAACUAAUCAUAUGAGAACGCUCAAAUCUACCCACCAAAUCGAACCAUACAAAUCCAGCGAAAAACAAAUCAACAAGAAUUUACUCACCAUGUCCGGAUUUAGCAUGUCCAAAAUUGCAUAUAUUAUCUUCUUAGAUAAGAUAAAAGAAAAUUGCAGGGUACAAGAGAACGUAAAAAAAAAUGAAGAAAUCCCCUUUUUCCUCAGCGCCCAGAUGGACAAAAAUAUAGAAUACGCAGAUGGGAAGGAAUUGGAGUUUUUGCAAAAUAUCACCAAGGGGAUGACCGACGCGGAGGAGGAGGCUGCGGAGGGGGACGAAGUGGUUGACGAUGUGGCUGACCAAGCUGCUGACGAAGUUACUGACGAUGUGGAAGAUAAAGAGGAUACCCAGGUGGACACCCCUGGCGAUGGCCACGCAAAGCCCAAAGAGAAACCCCGAAAAACGAAAAACAACAAAAACAGACACAUCACCAAGGUGGAUAAAAUUGAAAUGCCCAUGUCGAAGCUGCAGGAAAUGUUGGCCCAAAACGAGGACUCAUACAUAAACGUUUUGAAGUACUUGAUGGGACUCUCCCCAUCUGGGGUGCACUUUAACAUCCUCUGUUUGAGCUCCAAGGACGAGCUGGAAAACAUGAUGAACUUCUUCAUUUAUCAUGUCAAGACGAACGACAACAUCGACCUGAUUCAAGCAUACGUAUUCAUAUUUUUAAAGGCGCACGGCAAGAAGCUGCUGAAAAUGAAAGACAAAAAACUUAGGAACACCACAGAGGUGCUGCUGCAAGAAAUACAAGCGAGCUGGUCGAAUAUCAAUUUCUUAUUUGAAAGCGUUAUUUUUUUUAUAAAGUUUUUAACAAAUAUACAGCUGGAGUGA